UACUCACAGAGUACAUUUUGACAAACUCGUCAGCUGUCAGACGCCUUGACGAUUUUUGUUUUCGUUUCGUGAUUGUUGUCGAUUUACGAAAGCAGUCAACAUGAACGAGCAAAAUAAAAAGAUUUUAUUUAAUAAAUCUACGUUGUUUAGCCUGAAAGCAGAGCUAUUGAAGAAACAAGAAGAAGUGAAUGAAAAGAAGCGCUUGCCGCAGCAUAAAGUAGAAAACUUUAAGCCUGCGCCUUCAAAGCCACCUGAGAAAUGUGAAAAAGACAUAGAGAAACCUUGUUUUAGAGACAAAUUAAAAGAAAUUGACACUGAGGAACUGGAGGCCUGUAGGAAGUCAAAAUCAGCUCUAGUGAAAAAAGCAGAGUUGUAUGAACAUUUGGCUGAUGGUGUUGGGUCGUCGCAGCUGGCCAGUCGAUUUCUUGUAGACUUCAACACCAAGAAGCGGCAGGAGUCUGUCCAGCAUGAAGCCAGCCCUCCGAGACCCCCAUCUCCAGUGUAUGAGGAGACUGAUGAAGACCAAAGUGAAUGGACUGAAUUCACAGACUGUUUAGGCAGAACCCGUAAAUGUCUGAAAUCUGACCUGGACUUGUACCAAGAGAAAGACAAAGAAUUACUAAGAAUUGUCAAUAAAGAAAGGGAUGUUCCACAAGAUGCACAGGUGUCUGAAACUCCACCAGUUGAAAAGCCACUUUUGGUCCAAAAGACAAAUGACUACCUGCAGUCUCUACGGGAAAAAUGGGAGAAGAAAGAACAGGAACUACUCAGCAAGGACAAAGAUGUGCACUAUCAGGACCUACUCUUUGAUGAGGCGCGUAUCCACGGCGUGGGCUACUUUUCCUUCUCCACGGAGGAGGCGGAGCGUCGCCAGCAGAUGUCGGAGCUGCAGCGGGUGCGCGAGGAGACGCUGAAAGCCCAGGAGGUGGCUGCAGAACAGAGGAGGAAGAGGGAAGAGCUGGUGGCUGCCAGGCUGGCGGCGUCGAAAGCCAGGAGACGCAUGCGUGAAGGGUUGCCGCCUGAGGAUCCUGAAGAUCAACAAAAAGACUUCACUAAAUGUCUUCUAGAAUUCUUGACGCAACAGAAAAACGAAGCCGACGCCAAAGCCAAAGAGGAAGAAACAAAGAGAAAAGAGGAGCAAGAGAAAGAGAGACAGAAGCAGCGGGAGGCAUACGUGAGAGAAUGGGACAUCGGCAAAGAAGGAGUCGAAGAUAAGAAGAAAUUCCGAGAGAUGACUCAAGAAGAGUAUGUGGAGCAGCAAAGAGACAAAAGAAUUAAAGAAUUCGCCCCUCCUAAGGAAAGAGAGAGUAAAAAAUCGAAUGCUAGCUUUGAUGAUACGGGAAGAGUAUUAGAUCCGCAGCCAUCUGCUAGCAAAACUUGGUCAGAAGUGAGACCUCGUGUCAAAACGCCUCCCCCUCCAAUGAUAGGUGAUAUAAACGAAGCAAAAGGAUUAUAUUUUUCAACGUCUAAGAAAGAGAAUUCAACUAUGAAGUAUAAAAACUUUGUUAAACCUCAAGAACCAGUUCCAAUUGUGAAUGAACUCAGCGAUGAUGAAGAUCAAGUUGUAAUAACAAAACCGGAUAAAAGGAAAUUGUCUUCUAAUCAUACAGAAAUAGCUCCCCCACCAACUUAUGAUUACUAUGGACCUGUGCCGAAGCACUCUAAAGCUAGCAAACCAUUCGAUUCAGAUAUAAGAGAAGCAUAUGACCAAGGUUCUAAUAGUUUAAAGAAACAAGGCAGUAACAGACAGUUAUCACAACGUUACGACUUUUCUCUGGAGUGAUGUAUUGUACAUAAUGUGUAAAUAAAAUCAAUAUAAUAAUAUUAUGA